AUGGUGGCUCGAGUACAAACAGCAGAAGAAAUCCGCGACGAGGGUAACGCGGCAAUUAAAGAUCAAGAUUAUGCGAAAGCUGAUGAAUUAUACACGGAAGCUCUUCAGCUCACCACCGACGAAGACAAGGCUCUCCGGCCUGUUUUAUACAGAAAUCGUGCUCUGGCACGUCUGAAAAGAGAUGAUUUUGAAGGUGCACAAUCAGAUUGUAAUAAGGCGCUGGAAUUCGACGGAGCCGAUGUGAAGGCGUUGUUUCGGCGGUCGUUGGCGAGAGAGCAGCUCGGAAAUGUUGGACCGGCGUUUAAUGAUGCGAAGGAAGCAUUGAGAUUGUCGCCUAAUGAUAAAGGAAUCAUCGAAACACUCCAACGUCUCGUGAAAGCCAACAAUGACAAAAUCAAACAGACCACCUCUUUGGCUAAUAAAGUAACAGACAUGGAGAAGCUGGCGUUCCGUGGCGAGGCGAAAGAUGCUCAACAGAAAAUGACAGCGUUGAACAACUUGCUGGUUUUGUGCAGAGAAUCGGAAUCUGGAGCGACGAGUGUCUGGAAUCAGGGCGCCAUCGUUCCCUUCAUCUUCAACCUCAUCAAUGACAAAGCUGAAAGCGAGGAUCUCAUCGUGACCGGAGUCAGAAUACUCGACGAAACUCUGAAAAACAAUGCGAGAGCGAUGAAAUUCUUGGCGAUGCACGAUCCGGACGGUCCGAAAUCUGCUCGAUUUGUGUGUCGUUUGAUGUGUAAAAGAGAUAAUAAAGAAUACGUGGAUGGUGCUGGAAUUCUAGUGCAGAGAGUGUUCAAUGCAAUGGCUAAAAUGGAUAGACAAAAGGAGAUGAAGCCAGAUCCAGAAGUUGCAGAAGCCAACAAAAUCUGGAUUGUUCGAGUGAUUCUCGAGCUUCAGGAGAUGCUUCAAGACCCGAAAGUCGGAAUUCUCCAACGUGAGACCGUAAUCGAUUUGUUCUUGAAAAAUCUGAUGCAUAUGGACGGUGGAAUUCCUCGUGGAUGGUCGUGGAAGUUUGUGGAUGAUCGUGGAUUGUUAGCACUGCUCGACGUGGCAUCACAGAUUCCCGAGCAGUGUGACUACCCGGUGUCGGCUGAAACUCGGCAACACGUGGCGAUUUGUCUACAGAGAUUGGAGGAGGACAUGGUUUUCGAUACGAAGAGAACCAUUUUUAAGGAGAGAGUCGAUUUCUUUUUCAACGCCCUCAUCUCCCGCGCCACGGAUGACGAAGAAGGUCACAAGUACCGAAUCAAACUGUCCUGUUUCCUUAUCACAAUGCUCCAAGGUCCAGUUGACAUCGGAAUAAAUCUUAUUAUCAACGACCAGCUGACACCAAUCAUGCUCCAGAUGGCAGCCUCGCAGAACCAUUUGAUGCAAGGAAUCGCCGCCGAGUUGAUUGUGGGAACCAUCGCGAAACACGAACGGGCGAUUAACAUGCUGAAAAUCGGAAUUCCAGUGUUGAGAGCUCUCUAUGACUCGGAGGAUCCUACUGUCAAAGUUAGAGCUCUGGUGGGAUUAUGUAAAAUUGGAGCGGCUGGAGGAGACGAUAUCUCGAAGGCGACGAUGAAAGAGGAGGCAGUGAUUAGUCUGGCGAAGACCUGCAAGAAGUUUCUUCUGGAAACUGAGAAAUACAGUGUUGAUAUCAGAAGAUAUGCUUGUGAAGGACUCUCUUACCUGUCGUUAGAUGCAGAUGUCAAGGAAUGGAUUGUAGAUGAUUCGCUGCUUUUGAGAGCGUUGGUGAUUCUGGCGAAGAGUGCAGGACCUCUCUGUGUCUACACUCUUGCGACGAUCUACGCGAAUCUGUCGAAUGCAUUUGAGAAACCAAAAGUCGAUGAGGAAAUGGUCAAAUUGGCUCAAUUCGCGAAGCAUCACGUUCCAGAGACCCAUCCGAAGGAUACAGAGGAAUUCGUUGAGAAGCGUGUCAGAGCUCUCGUCGAGGAGGGUGCCGUGCCAGCGUGUGUCGCUGUGAGCAAGACGGAGAGUAAGAAUGCGUUGGAGUUGAUUGCAAGAUCACUUCUGGCGUUUGUGGAGUAUGAAGACCUUCGUGGACGGAUCAUCGCUGAAGGAGGAACCGUUUUGUGUCUCCGUCUUACCAAGGAAGCUUCUGGAGAGGGAAAGAUUAAGGCGGCGCAUGCCAUUGCCAAGCUCGGCGCCAAAGCGGAUCCGACAAUCUCAUUCCCGGGACAACGUGCCUAUGAAGUGGUUAAACCACUUUGUGACUUACUCCAUCCGGAUGUUGAGGGAAAAGCCAACUAUGAUGCGCUCCUGACACUGACCAAUUUGGCAAGUGUCAGUGACUCGAUUCGUGGACGCAUUCUGAAGGAGAGGGCGGUGCCGAAGAUUGAGGAAUUCUGGUAUAUGACGGAUCAUGAGCAUUUGAGAGCCGCCGCCGCCGAGUUGUUGUUGAAUUUGUUGUUCCUCGAGAAGUUCUAUGAGGAGACUGUGGCGCCCGGCACCGAUCGUCUCAAGCUGUGGGUUCUCUACUCAGCGGAAGUCGAAGAAGAACGUCUCUCACGUGCCUCUGCAGCCGGAUUUGCCAUUCUCACAGAAGACGAAUCGGCGUGCGCCAGAAUAAUGGACGAAAUCAAAUCGUGGCCAGAAGUGUUCAAAGAUAUCGCAAUGCACGAGGACGCCGAGACUCAACGACGUGGAUUAAUGGGAAUCGCGAAUAUUAUGUUGUCAAGUAACAAGCUCUGCUCGGAAAUUGUGUCAUCUGAAGUGUUCCGAGUACUCGUCGCCGUCACAAAGCUGGGAACUAUCAACCAGGAACGCGCCGGAUCGACGGAGCAAGCGAAGAGAGCGUUAGGAGCCGCCGAGAAGUUUGGAUUGAUUAAGGCGACUGAUCGAGAGCUUUAUGAGAGAGAAAAUAAUGUGACAACUAUUCAAGAAGAGUAA